CUACCUUUCAAUAUUGGCGAACUUUCAUUGACAUCGUCCGUAUCCACAUUCCAUACAGACACAAUGGCCACCACUAUCUCGCACGACCUUGCCUGGGAGAUUACCAAGGGACGCAGCUCCACGCUCGUCAAGAGGGCAAAUGGCGUUCAGUUCUCGCGCGAUCCUCUUAACCUGAGGAACAUUUACAGCCGCAAGAACGAGGGCUCAAUCGCCAACAAGGCUAUCGGUGUCAUCCCCGGCAAGGAUGGUGGUGUCACUCUUCUCACCAAGAAGGCCGACAAGCACCACCAACCCGCAUCCGCCAUCCAGACCACCACCUUCGGCCCCAGCAAGUCCACCCGCAAGACCUACUCUGCCAUUGUCAACGCCACCACCAAGCGCAACUACCGCCCCGACCUCCGCAAGGACGCCGUCGCCAGGGCCUCUGCCAUCCGCAAGAGCCAGAAGCCCGUCAAGGCUGACAAGCCAUCAAAGCCUAGGGGUGUCAAGGCCAAGGCCGCUGCUGCUGAGAAGGCAUAGAUUAUGAGUGGCUGGAAAAUGUGCUGCAUGUGAAUUGGUUCGGAGUUCAACUUCAUUCGGUUCAUCUUCUGUGGGAUUCGGAGCUCAUGAUAUGACAUGAGCAUGGGCUGCAUGAACAAACUAAGCUAGAGUCUUCAUAGCGAAUUGACUCGGCGAGAAAUGAAUACGCUUCGAAAACCAAAGUUGGGCGUUGUUACGCAUUUGUUUCACACGAGGUGUACGCUUACAGGUCGAUUAGAGCGCGGCUUUAAAUCUCGAUAAGUGAAACGCUUCUCUUACUGGACACCAAAGUUUCUGGACGAUUGGCUCUGUGUCUGACGCAUUCCUUUGCUUACUACCAGUACCUUGUACUGCCUGGCCUUUUCUUAUAUCUACUGCUCUCGCACCAUGAAUGUGGACACAAAUCUGACGCGCUC